AUGUCCAACCACCUGUGCAGACAAAUCGGGCAAGUGGGUACAGCAAUCCUCGUCGGACAGAACUACACUAAACCCAGCUACCCGCAAACGUCGAAAGGUAACUAUGGAAGGAGGAAACUGGCAAACCACCUGUGCAAACAUAUAGGGCAAAUGCCUGAGGAAUGGUUGUCGGACAACUGUGUACUACGCAAAAGUACAUGCAUAUAUCUAAGGGCAACUGGGAAUGAGAAAACUGGCCAACCACAGGUGCACACAAAUUGUGCAAGUGGAUAG